AUGGCGGCGGGCGGAGCUAGCCCCGGCGGUUCGAAAGGGAAGGCAGAGAAAGAGCGGGAGGAGAAACCCCGCAGCUUGUGGGCGGGCGCGCCGGCCCCGCCCCGGACUCGGGCUCCCACCUUCCCGCACUCACCGAGUUCCUGCCCCGGGCGAGGGUGGCCUGUGGCGGAGGAAGCGGAACUAGUGACUGGACACCUGGUGCGCACACCCCCCAGGCGUGGACAGUGA